AUGAGCUUCAAAAUAUAUUUUGGGAUUUUCACGACCCUUCAAACAUUUUCUCAUGGUUUUUCUUCUGAAAUAAAUGGAAAACCAUUUCAAAGAAUUGAAAUGAAAAGCGUAAAGUGCAAAGGAGUGAAAGAUUUUUAUUAUCCUAACAUGACUUGCUACGCAAAACCUCACAAUCGGACAACUUACACUGGUUUGAGCUUGUAG